AGCGGCACACGUCACAUCUGCCCCGUACAACAGCCCUGACCAGUAGAGCAGUGCUGAUCCCGCGCGCCGCCUCCAAACGCCCUGCGCGCGCCCUGCUGGAGUACCACCCCAAGCACGCGCUCAGGACACCUCCAGAUAAACACGCAGUUACCUGAUUAAAAUGUCACCUGCCGCUGCAGGACUCCUCUACCUGGCCGUGUUAAGCCUCGCGUGCUCCGCUGCACCUGAGAGAAAAGUUUGCCAGGGAACAAGCAACAAACUAAAUCUACUGUCCCAGGCAGACGACCACUACCGAGCGUUGAUGAAGAUGUACAGUAACUGUACUGUAGUGCUGGAGAACCUGGAGAUCACCCACGUAGGAGAGAACUACGACCUCUCCUUCCUCAGGAGUAUUGAAGAAGUUGGAGGUUAUGUCCUCAUAGCGAUCAACGAUGUGAACGUGAUCCCCUUAGAAAACCUGCGUUUAAUUCGGGGACACUCCCUUUAUGAGGGUAAAUUCGCCCUGGCUGUGAUGGCCAACUAUCACACGGCAAACAGUUCAUCUGCUGAGAGCAGCAUCCCCACCGGACUGAGAGAACUUCCUCUACGGAACUUAAGAGAGAUUUUGAGAGGAGGAGUUCGGAUCGCUCGUAAUCCAAGACUCUGUAACAUAGAGACUAUUAAGUGGCACGAUAUCGUGAGCAAGGAAAGUACAAAUGCGGUGAUAACCUCAGAAAGCACUGACUCUACAUGUAAACCAUGUGAUAAAAGUUGCUAUAAUGGAUCAUGUUGGGCACCAGGACCGGAAAACUGCCAGAAGUUGACUAGGCUAAUCUGUGCAGAGCAGUGUUCACAUAGAUGCAAAGGUCCCGCCAUUGCGGACUGCUGUAAUGAACAUUGUGCUGCUGGAUGCACUGGACCGCUGGCUACAGACUGCUUGGCCUGCAGAGAGUUUAAGGAUGAUGGGAUGUGUAAAGACGCCUGUCCCCGGCUGAUGCUGUACGACCCCAACCUUCACCAGCUUGUAGUGAAUCCUAACGGCAAAUUCAGCUUUGGAGCCACCUGUGUAAAAAACUGCCCACAUAAUUAUGUGGUGACGGAUCACGGAGCUUGUGUUCGAACCUGCGGAGACAAAACUCAUGAAGUGGAGGAGAAUGGAAUUAGAAAAUGCAAGAAUUGUAAUGGACCCUGCCCAAAAGUUUGCAAUGGACUCGGAAACGGGGAGCUGGCCGGCAUCAUGACAGUCAACGCAUCUAACAUAGAUACCUUUCAAAACUGCACCAAAAUAAAUGGAGAUAUCUCAAUAUUUGCAACAACAUUACGUGGAGAUCCCUACACAAAAACGCCUAAACUGGAUCCUGCUAAACUGGAUUAUUUUAAAACAGUGAAGGAAAUCACAGGGUUUCUGCUGAUACAGGCCUGGCCUGAGAACCUCACCUCACUGAGUCCCUUUGAGAAUCUGGAGGUCAUCAGAGGCCGAACCCAACAACAUGGAAGGGUCAGUUUCGCUGCGUUGAACAUCGCCCACAUAGAAUACCUGGGUCUUCGUUCUCUGAAGGAGAUCAGCGAUGGAGACGUGGUGAUAAAGAAUAACCCCCGGCUCUGCUACACCAACGCCAACUACUGGAGGAAACUCUUCAGAUCCGACACACAGACCAUUAAAACCCGAGAUAAUUUAGCUCCCGAGGCAUGCGAGGUGCAGAACAGGAUGUGUGAUGGGAUGUGUACUGAGGAAGGUUGCUGGGGUCCAGGACCCUCCAUGUGCUUCUCCUGUCGCCACGUCAGUCGUCAGGGGCAGUGUGUCGACUCCUGCAAUAUACUUGAGGGAAUGCCUCGUGAGUACAUCUCCAACAACAUGUGUUUGGAAUGUGACCAAGAGUGCAGGACUCUCAACGGAACUCCAAGCUGCCAUGGACCAGGAGCUGAUCAGUGUGUUGAAUGCGCCCACUUUAAAGAUGGCUCCAACUGUGUCUCCCAGUGUGCUAACGGUGUUCCUGGCAUGAACAACAGACUCAUCUGGACAUUUGUUGACAAGAACAGACAGUGCCAGCCGUGCCAUCCUAACUGUACCCACGGAUGUACAGGACCUGGGCUGAAGAGCUGUGAAACACAGAGCUCACAGGUGUCCAUGGUGGCUUCAGGUGUGGUGGGCGGGCUCCUGUUUGUGGUGAUCGUUUUUCUUUGCAUCUUCAUUCUGAUGCGGCGAAAACGCAUCCGCCGGAGGAGGACACUCCGCCGUCUCCUGCAGGAGAGAGAGCUGGUGGAGCCUUUGACCCCGAGUGGCGCAGCACCAAAUCAGGCCCUCCUCCGCAUCCUGAAAGAGACAGAGUUUAAAAAAGUGAAAGUUCUGGGAUCUGGAGCGUUCGGCACGGUCUAUAAGGGUUUGUGGAUCCCGGAAGGGGAGGAUGUGAAGAUUCCUGUUGCCAUUAAAGUCCUGAGAGAAGUCACCUCUCCUAAAGCUAAUAAAGAAAUUUUGGAUGAGGCUUACGUUAUGGCCAGUGUGGACCAUCCACAUAUAUGUCGUCUGUUGGGAAUAUGUCUGACGUCUACAGUGCAGCUAAUAACCCAGCUUAUGCCGUUUGGGUGUCUGCUGGAUUACAUCCGAGAAAACCAAGACAACAUCGGCUCUCAGAAUUUACUCAACUGGUGUGUGCAGAUUGCCAAGGGCAUGAAUUACUUGGAGGAGCAUCGGCUUGUCCAUCGUGACUUAGCAGCCAGGAAUGUGCUGGUGAAGACGCCCAAUCAUGUGAAGAUUACUGACUUUGGGCUGGCCAAGCUUCUCAACGCUAAUGAGAAAGAGUACCAUUCAGAUGGAGGAAAGGUUCCUAUAAAGUGGAUGGCUCUAGAGUCUAUUCUUCACUGGACGUACACACACCAGAGUGAUGUCUGGAGUUACGGUGUAACUGUGUGGGAACUCAUGACGUUUGGUGCGAAACCCUACGAUGGGAUUCCAGCGCAAGAGAUCUCAUGCCUGCUGGAGAAAGGAGAGCGCUUACCUCAGCCCUCCAUCUGCACUAUAGACGUCUACAUGAUCAUGGUCAAAUGUUGGAUGAUCGAUCCGGACAGCAGACCUCGCUUUCGUGAGCUCAGCUCAGAGUUCACAAAAAUGGCUCGAGAUCCAACGCGCUACCUCGUGAUUCAGGGAGAUGAGCAGCUCCACCUGUCCGGUUCUACAGACAGAAGAGUGUACAGGUCCAUGUUCAGUUCAGAGGACAUGGAGGACGUGGUGGAUGCAGAGGAGUAUCUGCUACCUGGCAAAGCAUUCUUUAAUAAUUCACAAACACCUCCAUUACAGCAUCAAAACUCAACCGUAUGUUCACUGGGCAACAACCAGAUGCGUGGAAACAGCCUGAUAUUGCGCUACAUCACUGAUCCAAUAAAUGGCUCCCUGAAUAAAGACCAUCUACCACCAGAGUACAUGAAUCAGGAGAUGCGUUUACAGAGCGACACGGAAAAUCACAACUAUGAGAACACCCUGCCCAGGGGACAGUACUCUGGAACGUUGGGCAGGAGACCGGAGAGACCGGAGCUCCUGAACGGUUCCUCCAGUACCGGCGCAGUGGUGCGAGGAGCCAGUCUGGAUAAUCCUGAGUAUCAGGAGGACUUCUUCCCCAGCCAGGCCUCGGACAGUCUGUUCCACCCCGCAGCGCAGAACCUGGGCUAUGUGGGUCUCACUCCAGCUGUUCUGCCUCCGGGGCUUUAGAGACUGUUGAUGUGGGAGCGCUGUAUGAACUCAAAACAGUGCAGGACCUGCAUGAAGUCUGUUUCAGCACACCUCCCUAAACCGCCUACACCUUUAUUAUAACUGCACUACAUUAUUUUAAAACAUUUAUGAGCGGCUGACCUGCGGGUAAUACAGAUGUACGCCCUGGAUGCCCACUUAACCUAGAUACCUAAAAUCUAAAAUAUUUUUAUUAUGAAAUAUUAUGACACAUUAUGAAAAUACUGUGCCUUUUGGGACUUUUUUAACUUAGUAUCAUAUUUAUUAAACCUGUGCAGCUAAAUCACUUUGGAUUUUCACUUGCAGUUUAGCAGAUUUUUAAAAUAAAAUAAGUAUAGAGCUCUGAAAAAAAAUGAAGGUCGCACUUCAGUUUCUGAAUCAGUUUCUCUGAUUUUGCUAUUUGUAGGUUUAUAUUUGAAUAAAAUGAACAUUAUUGUUUUAUUAUAUAAACUACAGACAACAUUUCUCCUAAAUUCCUUUAAAAAAUAAUGUCAUUUAACACAUUUAUUUACAGAAAAUGAGAAAUGCUCAAAAAAAAAAAAAAAAAAAAAGAUGCAGAGCUUUCAGACCUCAAAUAAUGCAAAGAAAACAAAAAGUUCAUAUUCAUAAAGUUUUAAGAGUUCAGAAAUAAUCAAUAUUUGGUGGAAUAACCCUGGUUUUGGUUUUUAAUCACAGUUUUUUUUCAUGCAUCUUGGCAUCAUGUUCUUCUCCUCCACCAGUCUUACACACUGCUUUUGGAUAACUUGUAGCAACUGUCAUAUUUUCCGUCCCUUGAAACAGUGAAACAGUGUGAAGAUUGUGACGUCACCCUUGGUGAGAAGGGUUACUUUUUAUCCCAGGAAAACAGGGAAUUCUUGGAUAUUUUUGAGAAAAUAUAUUCUUUAUUACUAUUAAAAACCCUUUUCACAACUUUAAAAAAACACACCUACCUCAAAGAAAACUGUACAAAAGUGAAUUUAUUUGAAGCAAAUAUUUUUAAUAUGUUAAAUCAGAGUAAAUCUAGAAUAAUGUUUUGUUAUACAGGGCUUGUAUUAAAUUUAAACAACUACACCGAGGACACAAAAGGCACAGUAUAUUCACUAUUGACCCACAUCAGCCUAAUGGACCCGGGCUGCAUUUUUAAUAUAAAAAGGCCCGUCUCUGAUUUUCCACUCUCCCGCAUUAAAAACAGAGUCAGCAGAUCUGACCUGUUUUACCAGAACAAGUAUAGUUCAAGUCUGCACUUAUUAUACCUGACUUUCUCUCAGUUUUUAAAAGUAUUAAUACGGUUCACUGUUAAAAUUUAAUCAGUCUCAGAUGUAGGCCAGUCAGUAAACACACACACACACACACUAAGAAAUACAAAAUCAGAUCACUUAAUAUUUAAUGUUUGCAAUGAAUUAAAAAUUCAUGAACUUUUUGUUUUUCUAAAACAGCAAACUGAAAAAAUAAAAAAUACGCAGACGUUGUUGUUAGUGCAUGUUUGUGUUUUGUGACUUCAUAAAUGUGCAGAAAGAUAAAUUGAUAAAAAAUAUGUAUUUCUUCUAAUGUUAUAGAUAGUUAGGCCUGUCACAGUAAUUAUAUAUAUAUAUAUAUAUAUAUAUAUAUAUAUCGAUGUAAUGUACAAUAGACAAAUAGGUAUAAAUCUAAAUCAGUCCAAAACAUCAGACUUUUUACGUUAUCUGAUUAACACAUUUACAUGAACUUGGGUAAUGAGAUAAUGUGAAAACCCAUUAAAUUAAAAUGAAAUCAAAAUAAUUGGAUUUAAACUUUGCAAACUCACAGCAUAAGCUGAGAGAAUAAGACGUAAUGGAAACUAUAGGAGUGGGCGAUAUGGCCCUUUUAAAUAAUAUCACGAUAUUUCAUGGUUUAAUUUACGUGAUAACAAUACUCUUGGCGAUAUGACAAAACACUAAAAUAAAAAAUAAAAAAAUCAAAAAAAUACAAGAAUUAAAUUAAAAUUGCUAUUUAAAGAGCCACUCAACUCUAAAGCAUAUUUAUUUUUCAUUAAUAGCUGAAAUGUGUUCCUAUAAAGUAAUAAAAGUGCUCCACCCCUAAACCCAUACAUCACUUUUUAUUUUUAUUUAUUUUAGAAUCUUUUAAAUGUAAGCUGAAAUUGGAUUCAGCUAAAAUCAGAUGAUUUAGUGCCCCUUUAAAAGGGUUUACAUGUCAUUAAUAUACCAUCAUUAUUUCGGUGACAUAAAAUUAUUUUAGAGACAAUAAUAUAUAUAUUGUUCAAAAAAAUAUAUAGUAAAUAUAGUUCUUGUGACAGGCCGUCUAUAACUGUUGUGUUAUAGAAUAUAUGUGUCAUGUAGGGACUAAUCCUGUGAUUGCACCGAUUUAUGUGAAUUAUGUAAUGUGAUUGUAUGCAUUCAAAACUGCAUUAAACAAACACUGUGAAUACAUUUUCUUUCAUACACUAAAAAAUAUAUAUUGUAAGUUAUUUGUCAAGAUAUUUACAUGUUACGUAGCAUUUUGUUUCUUUACAUGUACAGCUUUAUUAAACAAACUGCCACUG